GUUUAUUCCGGAAUGUCAAAUCUCAUUUUUUCAUAGAAUCCCAUAGGGUUGUUUUUGUUCUCUGAAUUGUUGUUAUUUGCUCGUUUUAUUGGUGUGCUUGGUGUAUCUAUCAUUUCUAAUCAUCAUUGACGUCCUGUGGGUCAGGAUUGUGUUUCCCAAAAUGACCGAUAAGAUGUACGCAUCGCUGCAAAAUUCGGUGGACUACACAGGAAGUCAGCUGGAUCUUGUGGCGAAUCAGUUAUCAGCCGUUGAAAAAAAUUUACCCACAGAGUGUGAAGAAGGGGAUGUGGCAUCGGUGAUGGAACUCCUGGAGACCAUGACAGAGGUGAAGAAUGAAUAUCAGAAUCUGAAGAAGGAUUUGGAGGAAGUUCAGCAGUUACAGAAGCAAAUGACCCAUUCAUUGCGAUAUCAAAUGAAAGAAUUGGCACAGACAUUUAGUUUAUUGAAGAAGAGAAUCGAAAGUACGGCCCCAUCGCCACCGCCCAAUUAAAAUGGAAAAAGCUGAUGGAGUGCUUGAUCUCUCUUUAUCUUUUGUCCUUUUAGUUGCCCUGCCUUUAAUUUUCUCUCUAUGUCCUUGCCAUGUUCUGUGUGCUCUCCAGGAAAUUAAUUGGUUUAAUUGUUCUUUUCUUUUGUAUGUUGGCUAAUGCAUGAUUUUUUUUCUUAUUCACCUCAAAUCAUCCACCAAAUUGUACAUAGAAAAAAUUCUUUGGCAAAAAAAUAUCUGACAAUAUGCCUCAUUCACUAUUCCAAGUCAUCCUCAGCUGCCCCAUGAGCACAUUUGGAGCUUGAGGAAGUAGUCAGUAAUGUUCAUUAAUUCACUAGAAAAGCAGACAUCAAGUUCUUCUAUCUCUCUAUCUCUUCUUAGAUGUUAAGGCUUCUAAGACAAGCACUAGCUUAAAGUUUUAUGAUGAAUCUUUAAAUGUUUGUGAAAUUAUAUUCUCUCUAGGUGAUAAUGUAUGCAAGGGAGCGAAUGUAGAUAUCAUUUUAAAAUGAGUGUACAAUAAUGUUGAAUGCAUUUGCGGAGAAGAAAUACAACUCCACAAAAGGAGGAAUUAUAAAAAAUAAUUAGUAGAUGAAGAAAAAAAAAUCACAUGUCUGAAACUAUGUAUUGAUAUGAUCCGUUCUUUUACACGGGAUUUUAUAUCAUACGCCUUAUUUUUUGACAAAUAUAUUUUUUAAAAAAAUAAAAGAGACUCAAAAUAUUUGAAUGUUAAACCAAGACACAAGAAUUAUACACUUUUAUUUGCCUCAUAAUCUCAUACGCAAAAUAAAAACCACCCUUCCCCAAUCUUGGGGCGCUAUUUUGCUUUUAUUAAGUAAAAAAUAAAAAGAAAUCCAUGAUAUAAAACACAUGGAAAAAAUUAUUAUUUUCUAUCAAUGUCCUUUAAUCUGGAAUCUGAAUUUUAUUUACUGUGAUUACAAGUAGAUUUUUUAGAGUAAUUUUAGAAAAAAAAAAUAAACAAAUUGAGUCAAUUUUUUGGGAAAUGAUAAUUGUACACAAAAUAAAAAUAAUAAUAUAAAAUUAAUGAAUGUUGUGAACGCGAAGGAAUCAAAAAUGUAAGUACAUAUUAAUGUGACUUUCUUUCCUUAUCAGAUGCCACAAGUCAAUGAAUCUACUUCAAAAAUGCCAAUAAAUAGUUGCAAAAGAGCCUGUUAAACUCUAUAUACAUCAAUAGUAAAUUUAAAAAAAGGAUAUCUCUUCUCUAGAGAGAGAGAGAAAAUCCAGUAGCAAAUAUACCACUGAUUAAAAAUAAAACACUUAUGGACCCUCAGACAACACAAUAAUUCUCCAUUUCUAGAAAUAAUAUUAAAUAUAUACUUAGCAUAAUUUUACACUCUUAAAAUUACACACAGACAAAAAUACAUUUCAAAGUUUUUUGCGAAAAUCUAAAAUCAAAAUACGACAUUUAGUAACACAAUAAACAUAUCUAAAUCGAUAUGGAUAAUCUUUCUUUUUCUUUCUUUUUUAAAAGUUUUUCUUUUCGAGGAAAAAGAAAUCCAGUUGUUUUUCACUCGAUGUUGGUGUUUACGGUGUUUAAUUAUAAAUAAAUAAUUCAUUAAUUGCUAAUGAAUCAUUAGAAAAUAACUGAACUACGUGAAUAUGAUUAAAAUGAUUGCUGUAAAGGAUACCUGAAUAUUUAGUAAAAAUAAAAAAAAAAUUACUUGCAUCUUGGAA